CCGCGCUACUGUUGACCAAGAUGCAACUGCAUGGAUCCAAAGACCCUCUGCACCCGCCCGAUGCGAUCAUCUUUACAUGUACGCCGGUCAUUCCCCAUGCUUUCUCAAUAUCGUUGAACGCAGCAGCUCAACGUUUAAUAACUGGGCUGCAGGCUCGUCUUCUUCAAUUCGAAAUUCUCUUCCUGUUUCCCUUGGAAGAGAAGAGGAGACGACGCCAGAGCCAUGGAACACGCGCAGCAGCCGCAGGCGGAUGGACAAUUGAACAAGGUGGCAAGGGAUGAGGACGAUGUCUUCCCCACCAAGCAGCUUACAAUUCUCGCAAUAUGUCGCUUCUCGGAACCGAUUGCGUUCAAUUCCAUUUUGGCGUACACGUACGUAAUGGUCCAGGACCUGCACGGCGGUGAUGCAACCAAUGCCGAGUUUUACGCGGGACUGCUCGUCUCGGCCUACGCCGUUGCCGAGGCUCUCACUGCCAUGCUCUGGGGUGUCGUCUCUGAUAGAUAUGGCCGGAAGCCCGUUGUCUUAUUUGGGCUCGUGGGCGUGGCCAUCUCGAGUUUGAUUUUCGGGCUCGCCAAACAGUACUGGGUUGCUUUGUUGGCACGCUUCGUCGGCGGCGCGUUGAACGGAAAUGUGGCCGUAAUGCAGACCAUGGUAGCUGAGAUGGUAAAGAAUCCGGACCACGAGCCGAAGGCGUACGCAGUGCAGCCUUUCGUAUGGGCACUGGGAUCCAUCAUCGGAUCGGCUAUGGGCGGUUUUCUGGCUCAGCCCGCUCGGUUUUAUCCUUCUGUCUUUCCCGUGGACGGGGUUUUCGGGAGAUUUCCCUACCUCCUGCCCAAUCUGGUGGCAGUGGCUACUAUUAUCAUAGCUGUCAUCCAGGGCAUUUUUCUUCUCGAAGAGACAAACCCUAUGUUCAUAAGUCAGGAAGACGGUAGCCAUGGACACGGAAAAGUUGCCAACCAAGAUGUCAAUGAGACGUCUCCACUUCUCCGCGUCACCAGCAUUUCCCGGUCCAUUGUCGGCAGCAUCCGUGAAGGCGGGCCCAAACCCUUGUUCCUUGAGGAAGGCCUCCCGACCGCCACUGGCCAGACUUUCGAUCUCCGGCGGUCCUCCUUCGGCACCAUCCAUUCAGUUCGCCUCCCCCACGACCACGCUGUCCUGGGAGCCUCCCACCACCAACACCAUGUCCAUGAGUACGAGCAGUACGAAGAGCCAGAGCCUCCAAAGCAGAAAUGGUACAACUUCACCAUCAUCAUGCUUACUUUUUCCCUGGUCCUGAUAUCCUACCACCAAAUGGCCUUCGGGUCUGUCUUGCCCAUCUAUCUCCUCGAUAAACGGGACCCUGCGGUUGAGUUGGGACCACACCUUGACAUAUAUGGUGGUUUAGGUUUCACCAUUCAUGACGUGGGCACAUACAUGGCCGUCAACGGCAUCAUCGCCCUCUUUAUCCAAGGGCUCAUCUUUCCCGUCUUCGUCGAAAAUGUCGGUGUAUGGCGCUCGUUCCUCGUCACCGUUCUCCUGUACCCACUGUCCUACAUACCUAUGCCUUUCCUUUCCCUGCUUCUCGGCACCGAGCCGGCAUGGCUUCUGCCUUUUGGCAUCUACGUGACCAUGUUCCUCCAGAAUUUCUUUGGCAUCAUCUGUGUGCCAUGUGCCCUGAUCUUGCUGAAGAACGCUUGCCCGUCGAGUCUGGUGUUGGGCAAAGUGAAUGGAUUGGCCAUGAGUGCUUGUUGUGCUGCAAGAACCGUCAGCCCGCCUCUCGUGGGUAUUAUAUACAGUGUUGGGGGUAGUUUGGCCGCGUGGUAUAGUUGCGCGGCGAUUGCUAUUCUCGGCUGCAUCCAGAUUUGGUGUAUACCUGAGAAUGAGGCCGAUGUGGGAAAGGUCGAGGUUGAGAGUGCCUUCAAGCUGAUUGAGGAGCACCCGGAUAGGCUGCACAUUCAAGGAGUGGUGGUUGAAGAUGAUGUCAUUGCAGAAGAUUCGGGUUACGAAGAUAAUGAUCGAUAAAGGAGUUUAUUGAACAUGCGAAUAGGUCUGGAUCUGCCAAUCGCAUAAUGUUGGCGUUUCGCAUCUCCGUGAAGCUCCGUAUGCAUUUUGUCAACAGUGCUUGCAAAGCGCUUGUAUUCUUAGUGAGAGGUCGAAUCCACAAUCACAACUUGCCUCUCUAC